UUUCUAUUCCAAUUUCUUAGACACAUUCCUGGAAGUUAUAACGAAGGCACAUCGAACUCCGGUAGAAAAAUUUGAAUUUCCACUAACCUCAAAUCAGGAUUAUGGUUGGAAUACUCAACCUUUGGUAAGGAAUGGAUAUAUAUUAUUUGUAAAUUGUAUACAUUGUGUUUCCAAACUGCUGUCACUGGGUAUGGAUUUUAGUUGGGAAUAUGGAAAUCCAAUUUCAAUCUGUUCAUUUGUAAAGGUAUUUUUGGUUACGUUCAUAGGCCUACUGACUGUACCGGAUAGUUUUUUGGAGCGACGUGAAAAAAUAUCUAUCCGUUAAUUCCGUUUCCCUUUUAGGAACGUUAUUUUCAGUGAAAUUAUUGCAAAAGACGGAUGUUGUUUUGCUCAGCUUCGGAAAAGGCCGUUUUCCACUUCAAGCGUAUCGUACCGCGUAACGUAGCGAAAACGUUUUUAAAUUUCAAAAUUUCGUGAAUAUUGAUUGGUUAGUACUUCCGUAGUACACCAAAAAGUUGACUUGCGACGAACUUUUUAUUUUGAUACGCGAAUACACCCGGAAGUACGUGGAUUUAUAGACCUCUUUUCAAUCUGCGCAUGCUCACCGAUACGUUACGGUACGGGCGAAGUGGAAAACCGCCUAAAGUUGUACAUUCCGUAUCGGAUACCAUGGAUAAUAAAAUAAAUGGAUAGGACUCUAGCUGACGUAAGUAAAAACAACCUGGUUGCAAUCUGUGACGUCACACGUAUUGCAAAGUUCUCGGCAUUUUUGUUGUUUCGCUAUACUUUCCGCUAUAAUAAAAGAGUAAUAUUGAAGCAUAAACUGGUCUAAUUGUUUUAAAAACAUGCCUAAGCCACGACAAAGUAUUCAAGGUAAAUCUUUUUCGUCUUUGUUUUGUAUUUUUUUACAUUAAAUUUUGUAGCUACGAAAUUGGCGUCCCCAAUUUUAACGAAAUUUGCGAUGUAUUUUUCACUGUUUAGUGCUUGAAAUAUUUGCUAAAAUUGACUGGGAAUACUUAGAGAUUUCAUCGUAGAAUGGCGUAGUCAUAUUUAUUUGCUCUUUGACUAAAAUGUUUAGCUGUAUUAUUGCUAAACAUGCCGUUUUUGAGAAUUUGGUUUGCAACUAGGUUUCAACAUCUAACCACGCCAUCAGCCCAUUGAAAACAUUAGUUUCCUAUCCAUUUAUUUUAUUAUCCAUGCGGAUACUAAGGUGUAAACGUAGCAUUAUAGAUGCGUGGACCGUAAGGAAAAUGGGAAACACUGUUUUAAUUGAUAGAUAUAGGGGCAGAGAAGUGACGAUUUUACUCGAAUACCGGGAAAAGGAAGAUUUGAUUGAUCUUCCAAGGUUCUUAAGCAUAUACAGUAAUAAUGUCGCAACAGGGUGAGGGUAAUAAGGACUGGAGCUGACUUGUACCCACUCCCUGAAUGAGGAUUGAUCAUUCCUCCAUGAUGGAAUGAUUAAGCCUUAUCACACUCUUCAGUCCACUGAUUUCUAUAUGUACUAUUAUGUAUAAUUUAUAGCCUUGGCGACUGGGUACGAGUCCGGGAGUGCAGUGCAUUUGUAAAAAUUUGUGAAAUAUCCGUACGGAUCUGACCCUAUAUAGCCUUAGGAAAAUAUCAAUCAGGUUAUUGGUUUUAAAGCAGGGUUCAAGUCAACAUUUAAUAACCCUAAAUAAAUUGUACCGUGCCUUAAUCUAAGCCGUGCAUGUUUUAUUCAUACACCACACCCGAACCUGCUUACCGUAGUAAACGUACAAACGUGCUUACCGCUGUAAACGUACAAACUUCGUGCCAAUGCAUGACGUGUUUUAUGUGUUUUCCAUAGAUUGAUGGACAGCGUACAGAUCCCAGAUUGCAUCACCCAAGACAAAAUUCUGAAGUGACUAAGUACAUGGACGUGGCAUGGAGAGUGAAAGAACAAUCAGAAAAUAUGAAUUAA